AUAAUUUACGAAAGCAUUAAAAGAAGAAACUCGAAAAUAAUAAAGAAACAAAAAAAAAUAAAUAAAUAAGUUGAAAAGGAGCGAAAAGGAAUCAACCCCAUCAAGCAUUCAUUCAUUACACACAAGCCAUCAUAGAUCAAGCAAAUGUCGUCUGAAAACAAAGAAGAAAUCUUGGCCAAUUUUCAAAGCAUAACAGGCAUCGAUGAUGUUGGCGAAGCAUUUUCUCAUUUGGAAGAAACUAAUUGGGAUCUCAUGGCUGCCAUACAACGUGUUAUACCGCAGGAUGACGAAAUACAACCACCUUUACUAACAGAAGCUGAGCCCAUGGUACCGUUUUCUUACCACGCUAGCACGUCUACUACAGCCUUAAAUAAUUUCUCAUCGGAAUCGAGUACAUCAUCCACAUGCCCACGUUGGUUCAAAAACACGAGAAAUCAUAGUAAAAACAACACCGCUGCUGACAGCGCAUUCGUACCAGUCUCAUCAAAUUCAGCCGACGAUGAUUUAAUUGAUCUUGCCUCUGAUAUGGACUUGGACGCCAGCAUGUCAUCGACAUCGUCUACGACAACCAAGCAAAUACUAUUUAAUAUACACUUUGAUCAAAAGAUUUUUGAUAUACGACUGCCUUCAACUGCUACUAUUGAACAAUUGAAGAAAAAAGUAAAUGAUGCCACUGGUAUACCGAUAUGUCGUCAAGCAAUACGCGGCUGGCCGCCAGCAAAACUACGUGAGGCUCAAAUACCUACAACCAAAUUAUCUAAUUUAAAUUUAUCUCCUGAAAAUGAAUUAAUAUUGAUCGAUUUGACUGAGGAAGGUUAUAUGGAUUUUGAAAACGAUGAGAUCACGGGACGUUUGGAUAAAAUGUUUAAACUUACUAUUGUACAACAGCCAGAAGGUAAUCGCCAUGAAUUGACGUUUCCAGGACGUACAACGGUGCAAGAGGUUAAAACUAAUGUUUACUAUGUCACGGAUAUACCGGUUAGACACCAAGAGUGGACGGGGUGGCCACAAAGCUGCGACAAUGAUUCUACAUUAGCGCAAUCUGGCAUACAAUUGACGCAUAAUUUUAUAUUGCAAAAUGGUUCAAGUAAAAUACGUUUUAAUACUAACAGUGCUACAGUAACAUCUACUCUACCACCACGCACGGCAAAUGUUAUGGGUCUCGACACUGACAGCUCGACCGAUGAAUUUGAAGAUGCUUCGGACUUUAAUAACUGCGAAGAGUUCUUUACUGAUCCACCACCAGUACAAUCUGCCAGCAGGCAUUUGAUCUCUAACAACACAGAUAAUGAGACGACUGGCUCUUUGGAAUUUCUUGAUAAUUACAAACAACGUUUUGGUGAACCUCAUCCCAUAUUUUUCUCUGGCAGCCUAGAAGAUGCUUUAAAAGAAGCCUGCCAUAAGCCUGCACGUGAACGUAAACUGCUGGCAAUUUAUUUACAUCACGGAGAAAGUAUUCUAACAAAUGUGUUUUGUGAUCGUCUUAUGAAACAUGAAAGCAUUUUACAAACGUUUGCAGAAAAUUUCAUUGUGUACGGUUGGGAUUUAACCCACGAAAGCAAUAAACAUUUACUUCUGUCCUCCGUUACCGGUUGCAUAAGUAAUACAGCCUCAUUGACUGUGCGUAAUAUAUCAAUAGACAAAUUACCGUCAAUACUAAUAAUUGGCAAAAGCCGUUUGUCUGGACGUACAUCGUGCGAAGUAUUAUCUGUGAUUCAUGGCAAUGUUGGCUUAGAUGAUUUGAUGUCACGGCUUCUAGAGUCGGUGGAAAUGUAUAAUGAACACUUGCAAGUUGAAAUAGCUGAAGAAGAUGCUCGGGCAUUACGUGAUCAAGUUAAAGCCGAACAGGAUAUGGCCUAUCAGCAGACGCUGCAGGCCGAUAUAGCCAAAGAGGAGGCCAAACAGCAAAAGGAGGCAGCCAUAGCAGCUGAACGAAAACGUUUGGCUUCAGAAAGAGCCGAAGAGGAAGCAAGACGAGAGUCAAUACGUUUGGUGGCUAAACAAUCUUUGCCUCAUGAACCGGCUGAAACUGAGAAAAAUAUUUCCAAAAUACGUGUACGCAAGCCAACUGGCGAGUUUUUAGAACGUAGAUUUUACACCAAUAACACAUUAGAGGAUUUAUUAAAUUUUGUUGCCUCGCAUGGUUUUCUUAUCGAAGAUUACAAAUUAAUAUCUAGUUGGCCACGUCGUGAUUUGACCUCAGUCAAUGCUACACAAACAUUACAACAUCUAAAAUUAUAUCCACAGGAAACGGUUAUAUUAGAAGAACGAUGAUUUUAAAUUUAUAAAUUUUAAAUACUUUCCUUCUUGUCCCAUCCUAUCUAUCUUAUCCUCUCUUAUUCUUUUUUUUUUCUCCUUUUCCCUUUCCCCCUCUCUCUCCUUCUAUCUCUCUCUCUCUAUCACCCUCUCUUUCUCUCUCUCUCUGGUAACAAAUUCAUAUGUCAUACUCAGAAACGUGUGUGUGUUCUCGAAAUUAAUUUACAAGAACUUAGAAACCAAAAAAAAUUAAAUAGAAAAACAGAAAGCAGAAACAUUUCUUAAU